AUGUAUAACUCGGGCCUUACCAGAUUGAAGAAGUUGUAUGAUCAAUGGAACAUCCAAGGUUUCGUUCUGUUAAGUCUCUGGUUACAGAGCAUUCUAAUUCUGUUUGCACCACUCAAAAAGCGAACAAGAAGUUGGAUAGUAGUGCUGCUGAGUUUGGUAGCUUACUUGGUGGCUGAUUGGGCUGUUAGCGUUGCAGUGGGACUUAUAACUUACAGUCAAAAAGAGAUUCAUGAUCAACAUGGUUCUCGGAAAUUCCCUAAUGAUGAAUAUGCUGACAUUCUGGCGUUUUGGGCUCCCUUUCUUUUGUUGCAUCAUUUACCCGAACAGGAUAGUGCCGGCCUCUGGCAAAGGCAAUUCAUUGGGCUCCUAAACCGGGUUGUCAGUGCUUUUACUGUCUUCAGCCAAUCCCUUCCCAGAAACAGGUUAUCGGUUCCCACUAUCCUUCUGUUUGUCGCUGGAACCCUCAAGUAUGGUGAGCGAACAUAUGCUUUAUUUCAAGCAAACCCGAAUAAAUUAAGGCAAUCCAUGGUUAAAGCACCUGGUGACCCAGGGCCGAACUAUGAAAAGAUCAUGGACGCAUACUCUGCUUCGGAAAAGGCCAAACUCCCGACUCAGUUAGAAUUGUGUAAAGAGCCCAAAACUGCACGUUAUGCGGCGGAAGAUGAAGGCCCACUGGAUGAUGACCUUAAGGCGGUGGAACAUGCUUAUCACUUCUUCCAAAUCUUCAAGGGUCUCAUCGUGGAUCUCAUCUUAAGUUUCCGCGUACGUGAAGAGAGCCGAUUGUUUUUCCAUAAGAGAACCCCGGUAGAUGCCUUUAGAGUGCUAGCGGUUGAACUCAACUUCAUGUAUGAAGUUUUCUAUACCAAGGCUGCUGUGGUGCAUUUAAUGUUUGGACACCUCGUUGUCCGGUUUAUAUCUUGGUUUGCGGUUGUGGCAGCCCUUUCAAUCUUCUAUACAAUAGAUAAGCAUGAUUUUCGCAAGAUUGACGUUGAAAUUAGCUAUACCUUGUUCUUUGGUGCACUAGGCUUGGAUAUAAUUGCUCUCGUUAUGCUGGCUCUCUCUGAUUGGACUGCUGCUUCCAUCGUGAACUCACCGAGGCGAAAUUUCUGCAUAGAAGCUAUUAAGGGAUGGCUCCUCUUUCUCCUCAGAUACUAUCUCAAGCUCAAGAGGAUAAACUGGGGGGAAAAUAAACCAAGUUGCUUGGAGUACGGGGCUAGACAAGUCCUACUCCGAAGGUGGUCUGAAUCUUUAAAUCAAUACAACUUGAUACAUUAUUGUCUCAAGGAACGUCCAAACAAGAAGCGUAGUUGCUUCGAUUGUUUUUGUCGUAUGGUGAUAUAUCUCUUCAACUUGAAGGAUUUCUAUGAUACGAUUAAAUAUGUGUCCAAUAAACCAUUUGAAGAAAAGCUAUGGGAAUUCAUCUUUGUUCAGCUAAAAAAGAAAUCCGAGCUCGCAGAUGAACCUGAAACUGCAAAGAGAAUAUGUUCAGCCCGAGGAGAAUGGGUUCUACAAAAUAAUGAUUGGACUACGGAGGGUAGCAGCAAGUUGAUGCAUUAUAUUGUGGACGUUGAUUUUGAUCAGAGUCUUAUAUUAUGGCAUAUUGCUACAGAUCUCUGCUAUCUUAAGAAUAGUGACACGGACAAUCAGAGGGAUGACGAAAGUGAUAGUCGUCGUGAAUUUUGUAAAACCCUUUCGGAUUAUAUGUUAUAUCUUCUAAUUAUGCAGCCUACUAUGAUGUCUGCUGUAGCAGGUAUUGGCGAAAUAAGAUUCCGCGAUACAUGUGCCGAGGCCAUAGAAUUCUUUACCAGAAAGGAACCAACAGGAGAAAAUGAUAAAGCACAAGAAAAAUAUGUAUGUGAAAUGAUCCUUAAAGUAAAUACUGAUGUGGAGCCUGUUGCUGUUAAGGGAGACAGAAGCAAAUCUGUGUUGUUCGAUGCGUGUAUUCUCGCAAAAGAGCUAAACAAAUUGGAUUACAAAAAGAGAUGGGGUAUAAUGAGUGAAGUGUGGGUGGAAUUGUUGUCUUAUGCUGCAAGCCAUUGCAGGCCCAAUACUCAUGUUGCUCAACUAAGCAAAGGAGGAGAGCUUAUCACAUUUGUUUGGUUAUUAAUGGCUCAUUUUGGCUUAGGGGAUCGGUUCCAAAUAAGUGAGGGCCAUGCAAUAGCAAAACUAAUUGUGGGUAAGUAA